AUGAUAGAACAACUGGUGCUGGAGCAGUUUUUGAACACGCUGCCAAAGGAGGUUCAGAUGUGGGUGAGGUCUAAACAGCCCAAGAACAGCAAGGAGGCAGGAACCCUGGUGGCCAACUUGAUCCGGGCAUGCGGGGAGGAAGGUUUACCUGCCAAGGACACUGUGCUUUUAGAAAAUAGGAACCCCAAAGAACACCUAAAGAAGAAUACAAAGAUGUUAGAUGAUCUGCCAUCUGCUGGCUCCUUACUGCCGGGAUACCUCCUGGACUUUAACCAUUUAGGAAUGUUCCUGGUAUUUUAGGGGUUGGUUACUUUCAAUGACCUGGUCGUGGACUUCAGCCCGGAGGAGUUAAGCUACCUUAGUGCUGCUCAGAGGAACCUUUACCGGGAGGUUAUGCUGGAGAAUUACCAGAACCUGGUCUCCCUGGGGUUCCAGUUCUCCAAACCUGACAUUAUCUCACACCUGGAAGAAGAGUCACAAGCAGUGGAGGAAGACAGCAAUACAGUGAUAUGUCAAAAGUCUUCUCCUGAUGAUCCAUCAGAAUCAUACCUGGGCAACCAGGAGAAACAAACUUCAAGUCCUGUACCCAUGAGUGACCCUAAGACCUUGGCUCAGGAAGGAAGCCAUAGCAGUGAUGCACUUGAAAGAAGCUCUAGUCCUACUGUACCACCAGAGGAUCUUCCAGGAGAGGGUUCCCAGGAAUGCACUGCUCUUGAAACAUGUAUCAGACCCCAGCCAGUGGAACCCAUCAGAUGUAAAUUUUGUGAAAGAAUCUUUAGCACCCAAAUGGGCCUUAGGCGACAUGAGCAAAUCCAUACUGGAAAGAGACCCUUUGAAUGUAAACAGUGUGGUGAAGCCUUCUUUCUCAUGCCACACCUCACCAGACACCAGAAGACUCAUUCUGGCAUGAAGCCCUCGAGGUACAAUAAAGUCAGCAAGCCUUUCAUCCAGCAUGCAGAUCUCCGUGGAUCUGUAAGAACUCAAAGUCAGGAGGAUUACUAUGAAUGUUCUCAGUGUGGCAAAGCUUUUGUCCAGGAUGUGCAUCUUUUUCAACAUCUCAAAGCCCAUGAGGCAGCAGAGGCCCUUCCUCCUGGGCUGCCGCGCAGCAAGACAUACUUAAUUCGUUAUCAGCGGAAACAUGACUAUGUUGGAGAGAGAUCCUGCCAGUGUUGUGACUGUGGCAAAGCCUUCAGCAGAAGUUCACAUCUCAUUCAGCACUAUCGAAUUCAUGCCCAAGAGAGACCUUACCAGUGUCAGCUAUGUGGGAAGUGUUUCAGCCUACCCUCCUACCUCACUCAACAUUAUCAGUUCCAUUUCCAAGAGACACUGGUUGAAUGCCAUUACUGUUGA